CGAAGGUAGGGUCUCUGAGAAGAGCUGCAAACAAGUGUGUUUGUAUUUUAAUGGAUGCCGGCUUUUCGUAUGAGUUUCGCUUAAUGCCUCAAAUGUUGGAAUGGUUUUUGGUGAAUUUUAGUUUUCUGGUGCUUUUCGGGCUGAGCGGUGUGUGCGAAUAUUUUUCCUCAAGCGAAUCCUUUUUGUUUGCUAAAAGGAGGUGGGCUUGUGAGAAAAUUGUGUUGUGUAUAAGUUUGUUGAAGCCAGGAGUGAGCAGUUUUCGGAUCAAUCAGAUGCUGAUGUUGAGAUGAACAUCAUGAAAUUAGAUCUAUUACUGAUUUGCUUCCUUAUCGCUGUCUGGUCCAGUCCGGCUACCGGGGCCCGUCAACAGCUGCGGUCCGAAGUGGUAUACAACGAGAGAAACCUAAAGGAAGGACGCUAUAAGUAUGGUUAUGCGGUGAAACAGGGGGAAACGCAAUUCCAUCAUCAGCGAUCGUUGGAUGGAGCCAUGUAUGGAUGCUAUGGAUAUGUUGAUCCCCAGGGAAAGCUUUUCAUUACGCAUUAUUUGGCAGAUAAGGCGGGGUACCGAUUGGUCAACAUGGCCAAUUUGGAUAAGAAGCUUUUGGAUAGAAUUCGCACUUUGGGUUCAGCAGAACAUCCUCUGGAAGUGCAGAAUCUAUUCCCACUGGAGUGCCAAGCCGAUGGGGACAUCAAAGUUUUACAGGAAACAUCUGCCCAGUUGAAAAGCACACUACAAUCUCCGACCCCGUAUGGAAACGGCCGCGAUCGCAGUUCUUCUUCUUCGAUUUCAAACUCAGUAGAGCGAAUUGUCGUGACAAAUCAACCAGAAUCUCAGCCGUCUGUUGCGGUUAGACAGCCUCAGAAGAAGACAUUGAAUCAAGCAGUUCAGCCAAUCAAACAGUUGAGUCAAUCAAGCGGAAAUGAGGUCAAGGAAUUGUUGUCAAGAAACCGAAAGGUCGAUCAGACAUCGAAUUCGGCAUCUUUGGCUAAUCAGAAAAGUGUUGGUUCAGUUGAAGCGAAACAGGACCCUAUGGUAAGGAAUUACAUCAAACCAAACCUGCGAAGUCAGAAUACAGGCAAAAGUUUUGGCAGUAGAUUCAGUGUUGGAUCGGAUGGGUCAACCUACAUACCGGUCACCGUAAUCGAUACCAAUGAUAGACCCAUUGGCAGAUUGAUACCUCUGAGAGGUUCCGGGGCAGUUUGGUAUCCUACUGCCAGUAUCAGGAAGAUUCCUGAUGCGAUGAAGGCUGCUGAUGUGAUGGUGGAGACUCGUAGAACAGACACUGUCAAUGCGGUUGUUGACCCGGCCGAGAAGCCAGCUCGAUUAGAAGAGACUUCAUUGAAAAAUGAAUACGAAAAGGAGGAGAAACACGGCGAAAGAAAAUUGGCUCAAGAAAAUUUGGAAGCUUCAAAUGAAGAUUUUGCCAAAACAAUUGUGGUGGAAAAAGAUAACACUGUCGCAGAGCAAAAUGUCGAGGAAAAGCUUGACAUAGUAAACUCUGACCAAAUAGAAACUAUGGAUAAUCCAGAAUCUACCAUUGAACAGGAUCAACCAAAAGAAUCAAACGAAGAUGUCCAACGUAUUGAGCCGAAGGUUUUGGAUCUUACCGCUGAAAAUAAAGCUCACUCAGAUCAAAUAGAACCAGAAAAUGUGAGGACUGAUCAAGUAGAUACUGCCAUUACCGGUAGCGAUUCUGUUGAAACAGAAACAUUAGUUGCACUUGAAAUACCCGUUGUAGCAAAGAGUGAAAUCACUUUGGAUGAAUCUAAUGCUUUCGGAACAGCAAGUUCCGGAAGAUAUGAACCUGUUGCCUCAAAUCCUACCGAAGCAGAAUCACUAUUUGAACAACCGAUAAACAGCCAAGUCAAAUCGGAAUAUUCUGCACCUCUUGGGCAGCCACAGAAAUUAACACCCCAUUUUAGAGGAAAUGUAAAAUACAAGGAUUAUGCUAAUUCACCAUCGAAACCCGUCGAUACUUCUGACUCAAAGAUUCGUAGAACUGGAUCCGUUGAAAAGAACGACAUCAGGAAAACAGGAGAAACUUUCACCGGUAAGAUUAAUUCGGGCUUUCGUGAAGAUGCGAACGUGAAACUGACGGAAAAUUUUGGACGCAUCCAACAAAACGCAAGUCCUGACAGUGUGAGCCCUAAGAAAACAACGGACAACGUCGUUGAACAUCCAUUGUACGUUGAAAUUAACGAUGAUCAAUCGAGAUCUGAACUUGUUGAAUCGUUACCGGUGUCUGAACCCGAACGUACUGAUCAAGUAAUCGAAAACACACCAAAAGCUUAUGAACCACAGAUGGAUAGCUCUGAAGAUAGUUCAAGUUUCAUACCAUCGAGGGAAGAAGCAGAUGCAUCUCCGAAAGACUUUAAACAUGACUCGGAAUCAGCUCAAAGCCUAGGAAAAAGUUCAAGUGAGGCUGAGAUAAACACGGAGAUAGAUACUCAACCGAUCUCAAUCGAAAUACAAGAUCAAGAUGGCAUCACAAAAAUAAUUUCAAAUGAUAAUCAUCUGAAUCUCGAUUUGGAAAAUGUCCAUCAAGUUGCUGAAAACCCAAUUCAAGAAGUCAACGAGGCCGCUGAUAUAACUUUUCAAGGAGUAGAAGAUGCUCUAACUCUUGAUUCUCAUUCUGACAUUAGAACUGAGGAACAAAACUCGAACAAUGAAUUCGAAAAAUUGGUUGAAAGCGAUCUCUCUGAAACUGUAAGCUCAGAUCAAAACUCCAAUGAACAUGCAGAAAACUUAGAGCCUAUCAACCGUCAAGACAUUGAAAAAGUUGACGCUACAACGAUCCCAUUGAUCUCCCAGGAAUCUAUCGUAGAUACAAAACCCGCUGUAAAACAAACUCCAUCUCUCAGCAAACAAAAACUAGAUUUGAUUCGUUCUAUUCUCGGUGCACCUGCUGCCAGACAAGAGAACACAUUUGAGAAUUAUCUGGACGACUCCGUUGUUGUAGAAGCAGCCAAUGAUGAAUCACAUCGAUUGAUGAUUCCAAAGCUUCCUGCCACUCCACGAACAACCACUGAAGGCAAUAACGCAGAGACAAUCACCGUAUCGUACGCAUACAGUAAUGCAGGUAAACCACCUGUAUUACCCCGUCCAACCACCAGUUAUCGUCCAAGUGUUUCGAACACCUAUUUCCAAGCCACGACAACAACUACCUCGAAACCGGCCCGCACUACUAUUGGCCCCAGUGGAGAUAUCUACGAUGAAGUUGAAGAAGACGUUGCGCCUCCAAGGCCUGUUGCUCCACCUCGACCGGUCGCUCCUCCUCGUCCAGUACAAAUGUCUCCUCAGAUUCCUCCCAAACCCAGCACUACCGAUUCCAGCUACUCCAUCCAGCCAUCCAUAUCGUCCAACUGCUACGAAGUAAUCCUCCAAGUCCCGGCCGAUGCCAAGCAGGUCCUGCUCAAAACCGAAUCGCCUGAAUUCCGUGUCUUCGGAGACAGUGAUCCGGCGAAUCGAAUCCGACAGAUCCAUCCUGGAGUCUACGAGGUCAACAUCGGUGCCACCAGCGGAAUCAAGUUCCGUCAGUAUGAACAGUUCCAACACAGGGACGCAAACAAGCUCAUGUUGGACAUUGCUAAAGGUUUCAACUAUGGAGAGUUGGUGCCGCAGCCUGUCAACCGAGGACCUACAGACUUACGUGACAGUACCUUGAACAAUCCGUACUUGCCGUUGGUGUCGAUUGAGCAAGCCCAGGAGGCUGGCAAUGUGGAACUCGUGACCGUCGGGGCGGAUAGUCACGAACUAAGCCAAGAGCAGCGCGCUUUGCUCGGUUUGGUUCCAUCCUGGAGGAAGGUUUUGCUCUACUACUGAGAAGGCGGGAAUGGGAAAAUCGAGUUCAAACCGGUUGAGACUGCGGCAGCCGCGAAGCUGUAUGAAGCGGCAAAUUAAUUUCAAUUCGAUUAAUAUGCAAACGAAUGCAGGUAUUUGACUGGAUUCUUUUGGAAUAAAAACGAUGGACUGAAUUACUUUAAAA